AUGAAGGCUCUUGCCGUGUUGUCCUCGUUGCUGGCGCCAGCCGCGGCCGUGGCUAUUGACUCGGAACUCUCCUAUGAUGGCCACAGAGUCUUCCGUGUGCGCAUUGCCGACGACGGCUCCCACGUCCAGAGUGUCAUUGACAAGCUUCAACUCACUACCUGGCAGCCCCCUUCGCGAAAGGGCGCCUUUGCCGAUAUCCAAGUCGCGCCGAGGCAGCUGGAGGAAUUUCACAAGGCCAUGGAUGGCCAGGACCUGACUACAAUGCAUGAUGAUCUCGGAAAGUCCAUCAAACGAGAAGGGACAUUCAUGACCUACGCUGCGGGAUCCGCCAACGAUACGUGGUUCACCUCGUAUCACGACUACACCGACCACGUGCAGUGGUUGAACGACCUCGGCGCCAAGUUUUCCAAAAACGCCAAGACGGUAACCUCUGGAAAGACGCUCGAGGGAAACCCAAUCACUGGUUUGCACAUCUUUGGAAGCUCAGGCGGCGGGAAGAAGCCUGCCGUCGUCUUUCACGGGACUGUGCAUGCGCGAGAGUGGAUUGCUUCCAUGGUUGUCGAGUACAUGGCCAACGAGCUCAUCACCAAGUACGGCUCCGACAAGGACAUUACCGCGUUUGUGGACAAGUACGACUUUUACAUGUUCCCCAUUGUAAACGUCGAUGGUUUCAAAUAUACCCAAACAACCAACCGCAUGUGGCGCAAGAACCGCCAGACGACAAAGGGAAGCAAUUGCCUCGGGCACGACAUCAACCGCAACUGGCCGUACAAAUGGGACGGCCAGGGCGCUUCCACCAACCCCUGCGCCGAGGAUUUCAAAGGAGAGAGCGAAGGCGACGCGCCCGAGACCAAGGCUCUUUCUCAGUUCAUCCAGGACGUCAAGAAAGCUCAGGGACUCAAGCUGUACAUUGACUGGCACUCGUACUCGCAGCUCUUCCUGACACGUAAGGCGGCGCGAUAUAAUCCUCCCCUCCUAAAAAAAGUUUAUUGCCAUGUGCGGCUAAUUCUCGUUCUUUGGUCAAUAGCAUACGGGUACUCUUGCGACGCCAAGGCACCCAAUGACGCCGAGAUCCAAUCGCUGGCCAGGGGAACCGUCGACGCCAUCUUCGCCGUGCACCAGGUCAGGUUCAACUCUGGCCCGAUUUGCCAGACGAUUUACCAGGCCAGCGGGAGCAGUAUCGACUUCGUGGCCGACGUUGUCAAGGGCGACUACUCGUUUGCUGCCGAGUUGCGGGACACGGGCAGGUAUGGAUUCGUGCUGCCGCCGGAUCAAAUUGUCCCUAGUGGCGAGGAGGCGUUUGCCGGAGUCAAGUAUCUCCUUCAGAAUAUGAAGUAG